GGUGAUGCAAAAAAAAAAAACAAAAAAAAAAAAAAGGAAACGGUCCGAAGACGUAAAGCUACAUCCUGCUCUCAAGUUCAACCCGGCAAUUAGGCCAAACAUUGCACUUCCGGGUUUGCGUUUCAAAUUAAAGCACAUAUUCACCAAAAUGCGUAUAAGGGAACGGUGUCAUUUAACGUGUGCUUUUGUUUUACAAAGCACGUACUUGCCUGUGGCCUCACCGUGAUUUCCGUCUUUCGCGAGUGGUUGCGGUUAAAAAAAAAACAAAAAAACCGGCCCACUCGGGUUUAUGGUGUAGAUAUAAAUUAAUAUAUAUGUAACAAAACACGUAUUAAUAUUGCAUUCUGAAACUAUUAGAACCCUAUAGUCCAUUAAUUACGUUAUUGUGAAAGAUUCUGAGCUCGUGUGAGAGGUGUCCCGCGCUGUCACAUUUGUCACGCAACAUUUUUUUGAUUGAAUGUAAAAAAAAAAAAAAAUAGUUAAGCUAGCAUUGAACAUAUUUUAUUUUUCGGCAUUUGUAUUUACAUUUUUACGACUUAAUUUAAAAUGAACUGGCUUGGCGGGUCGAGGAACCGGCUAAUGAUGAAAAAUGAUACGAAAAAGCAGCGAGAAUUCUUUGAAAAGAUGAAAAUGCAAAAUAAAUUGAAAAACUUGGAAGCUACCCCCCCUGAAGUCAGCUCCUUCGCCAGUAUGGACCUCGUGACACUGUUUGUGGCGAACCAGAUAGCAGCAAAGAAAGAGCAUAAAGAUCCUCCCCCAGUUGCAGUACUGGGCUCCAAAAGAGGAGGGAAGAAGAGGGGUGUCAACCCCUUGAUACUUCCCAUGAGCCCCGGCUCUCCAUCCCAGCUGAGUCUGGUGGAGAGCCAACCUCAGUGCAGUGUUCAAAGCGAGAGGACGAGACAGAUUGUCCCACAAUCCUUCAAGAUUUGGCAAUCAAGUAACAAAGCCAUGUUCGGAAAUGGAGAAAAGAAAACCAGCCACAUGACACUGUCACCAGUUGUGGAGUGCUGCUCCUCAGACAACAGCGCAGCUGACUACCUGCCUCCCAUAGCAGGGACCCUCAGCCCCUUCUCGUCCUCGCCUUCCACCUCAGGCCAUGCUGGAAGCCAGCCACUUCCCGGAUGGCCCCCAUCACCCUGGGAAACAUCUGAUCUGGAUCAGAUCACAUUUCAGCCUUUCUGUGCGCCCGGAGGGAUGGCGGAAGACAGCUGGUCUUCAAACCCAGCCACAUCCUCAGCAGCUUUCUUUGGAACCCCAGAUGCAGCCACUGAACACCCAAUAUUUCAAGACACAUUCCUGAGCCAAGUGUCCCUAAUUGAGCCCACCCUGGACUUCAAUCUAAACCAGACAGGGAGUCAGCAGCUCUUUGAAGAGGACAUCUUUAAGGGAUUUAUUGUGGACGAAUCUGAAACUGAUGCUUUUCAUUUCGGGAGUGAAAAAACAAAGAUAUAUCUCAAGCAUGAAGCGUCAGUCCAAGCUUCAACCCCACAAACUGUCCCUGAGCCACAGGCCUUUGAGGUGCAGCUGCCCAAUUGGAGCAUGAACUUUUCAGCAUGCCCGGAAUACCCAAUGAGCGGUUGGGGUUCUUCGCCAACUUCCUCUUUCAAAAGGGGUCACUUGAGUUCAAGCUCCAGUGAUAGUGAAGAAUGUUGUCAUCCAUUGGGAUUUUCUCCGAUGCAAGCCCCAGCCAACAGCCCGGAGUUUUGUGCAUGCCAGAAAGCACCCAGUGAAAGGACAGAUGCAGAAACUCAAACCAUCCACGGGUCCACUUUGAAGACAUGCGACGUCGCCACCCAGUGCACCCUGGUCUCAGACCCCUCUCCACCUGUUAAUGUGUCACUACAGCAGGAAGCCACUGGAGGGCACACUGGCUGCACAGAAGCUCCUGUCGAGGGAAGAGCAAAGAGUGGAAGGAGGCCAACCCUGUGGAGAAAGAAGAAAUUCAACUCCUUAAGCAUUUUGAAUCUGACUCUUCGGCGUAAAAGCAGAAUGAGUUCACAGAUACUCCAGAACAUUUUGAGAAAAGUCAGCAAAGUAGGCUCGUGCCACAGCCCCUGGAAAAAGCCUGCUCAGAUGGAGCGAGGCUGGACAAUGCCACCGCCACCGUGGCGGAGGGGGAAACUCUCCAGGAAAUAGCUGACAUUUUGCUCCUGCUGAAGCAAAGAAAGGAUAAGGAAUGAUAAGGAGGGGAAACAUACCUGUUCUGUGCAUGUUCAACGCUUUGUGGUAACCUCCCGUUGUCAUAGCAACACUGAAAUGAAACCCCAACGCAUUACUGAUUCACUGCUUUAUUUCUUUUCGCCCUAUACGCACACACUCAAAGAUAUUCUUUGGAAUAGAAUAUAAACUCUAGCAAAACAUUUGACAGCUUAGACAAUUACAUAUGCUAUACAUCACUCUAUCUGUCUUUCUCGACCUGGUCGAAAAGUGUAGAAAUGCACGUGGAACACUCCAGUACACAACAACUGUUCGGUGAGUGGACAGUGUUAACACGACUGCUAAAAGGCUAACACGACACACCGUGACAAAGUGCAGCCUGAAACAAUCACCGCAAAUAUUUGGUCACCAAUUGCACAGCCUGGAAAUGGAACUUGAACCUGCUGAAGUACAAAAUUAUCUUUUUUUUGUUGUUUUUUUUCAACCACGUAACACAUUUUGAAGGGAAUGUCACUCCCCACUAUAAACGAAGUACAAGUAAUGACAGAAUUUGGGUAACUGAAUGACAAGGGAGAAUAUGUUUCGCAUAUUUAUAAGUUGUUCCCACUCUUUGAUAUACAGUCGCUGGAAUUGUUUCUUGACACAUCUCAGUAUGAUCCAGUUGUUCAUUACUGCAAACUAAUAAAUCUGUUGAUGCAUGGAUACCAUAA